CCCGCUCGCACCUUGCUGCUUGAGCGCACGCUCUCUCUUUCGCUAGACAGAGCGCACCCGACCUCGACCCGCGGCAUGGCGAGCCGCACCGCGACACCGCAGCCGUGGCCUCAAGGAGGCGCCAACCCGCAAGGGCUGCAGCUCCCGCACGCCAACCAGGCCAAGGGCAAAGGACCCGCUCGCGGCACCUCGGCCGGCCCCGACGGCGGCGCAAAUGGCGCGCCCGAGCAGCCGUCUCGAGCCACCGACGUCGACUCGCUCAUGGACGCCGUCGGCGCAAGCGGUGUCGACCUCGGCGCCGAGGAAGAGUCGCUGCGCGCGACCAACGAUCGGCUCCAGGCGCAGGCCAUGAACGCCGCCGGGUCGAGCGGCGGUCCGCCCAACCCGCACGCCUACACCGGCAUCGACCGCUCGCGCAAGCAGGACUUUAUCGACCCGAGCCUACUCGCCGAGUGCGUCAAGAAAGUCGCCGCCGCCUUCCAGCUCAAGACGCUCGAGCCCGACACGAUCCCCCUCAUCGCGCUCGCGACACGCGCCCGCCUCAUGUCGCUCGUCAACUCGUCCAUCGCCGCGCGCGACCACCGCCAGCAGGCGUCGCACUUCCGCGUCCCGCCGUUCGUCGCGCCGAAUCCGCGCAAGCGGCGGCGACGGAACCCGAUGGACGGCGAGGUGGACGAGAUCAUGGACGGCGACGGCGACGACGACGACGUCGAGAUGGACCACGGCGGCGCGGGCGAGUCGAGCGUCAAGGUCCCGGCGUGGGACACGCUCGUGUACGACGAGCCCGAACGGCUCCUUGCCGUGCUCAAGCGCGUCGAGACGGCCGAGGAGAUCAAGACCAAGCGCGACCGGCGCGAGCGGGAUCAGCGCGAGCUCGAGGAGCAGCAGCUCGCCGAGGCGCUCGCGGCGAGCGAGGCGGCGCGCAUCGAGCUCGAGGAGCAGGAGAAGGCCGAGGCGCGCAAGGAGGCGCUUGACGACGAGGGCGGCGGCGGCGGAGCGUCGAAGAAGAAGAAGCCGGCCGGCGGCGAGGCCAAGGGCAAGGGCAAGGGCAAGGAGCUCGCCGGUGGCGCCGCACCGGCGACGCCCGGCGGCAAGGGCUCGGGCGCCGGGGGCGCCGACACGCCAUCGCUCGGCAAGGACGGCAAGCCCAAGAAGAAGAAGAAGGCCAAGGCGGGCGACGACGGCCCGAGCGGCACGAGCACGCCCGCACCCGGCGGCGGCGCAGGCGCAUCCGCACUCAAGAGCAGCCUCGGCCCGGGCAAGUUCGGCACCGAGGACAUCAAGAAGCGGCUCGCCGACCAAACGGCCAUGCGCUCGCUCGGCGGCCGCACCUUUUCGUGGCUCAACAACGGGCCCGUCGGCUCGCCGACGCCGGGCGGCGCAGGGCCGAGCACGCCCGGCGGCCUCCUGCCCAAGGCCAAGUUUGGCGGCGGCGCGCAGGGUUCGCCGAUGCCGCAGCCCAACUUUGCGCCGAACGGCGCGGGCGUCGGCGGCGCUGCGUCGACCUCGAAGCUCAACCCGGCCAACUCGUCGGACCAAGGCGGCGCUCGAGGGCAGCAGCCGCAGGACGCUGCGGCGACCGACCUCAUGGUGUCGAAGCUCAACGUGCCGCAGAUGACGGACGCGCAGCGCACGCGCACGGCGCGCGACGAGUGGGCGGCCGGGCAGCGGGUCGUCGAGGCGCAGGACUUGCUGUUCGCGCUCGACCGCGAGCGGGGCAUGGGCACGGGUCGGGGCAGCGGGAGAGGAGCAGCGGUGCGAGGGCGGGCGGGCAUCAUGAGGGGAGCGUACCGCGGCGGCGCAGGAGGCGGAGGAGGACCGCCUUACGGGAGCGAGUUGGGCCGUUUGGCCGGCACCCGCUCGUGGUUCGACAUCUCGCACCUCUCGACAGGUGACGCUCAGCUAGCUCGCCAAGCUUCGCAGCAGCUCCAGUUCGACCUCUUCAUGUCCAACUACGGCGGCUAUCACGGCGGCGGCGGUGGCGGUGGAUACGGAGGUGGCUACAACGGCGGGUACGGUGGAGGAGGCGGCGGCGGCGGCGGCUACGGCAACCGUGGGUACGGCGGCGGAGGAGGGGGCGGAGGAGGGUACGGCAGGAAGCGCGGUCGCGAGGAGGACGAGGGCUCGCCCAACUACCGCCGUCGCCAGGACGAGCGCGGCAACUUCCAGUCGUCGCCGGGAGGACGGCGCGGCGAGUACCCGGGUGGGCCUGGAGGCGGCUACGGCGGCGGUGGGCGUGGCUACUACGAGCGGCAGCAGGCGCCGCCGAGCCUCGAGGCGCAGCGGACCCGCUUCAAGGAGACGCUGUGGAAGCUCGGCACCAGCCCGAGCUACGACCCGAUCGUCGACCUCCCCUCGCUGGCCGAGGACAUCCAGAGCUGGUACUUCCGCGACAAGGAGAUCGUCUUCCUCGCUUUCCGUGCUGCCAUCUCGGAGCUGCCCCACAAGCUCCCGCACUACGCCGCCCUCAUCGCCCAGCUCUCGCUGAAGCCCGUCGCGCCCGCCGUUCCCGGUCCGCCUCGUUCAGCACCCGAGGGCGCAAGGCCCGCACCGCCUACGGCAAACCUUCCGGCCGCCCCGGGCCUGCCCGUUCGCCCCGUCGGCGUCGACGGCGAGGCAGCCCCCGCUUCGAGCGAGGCUGCGGCGGCUCGCGAUGCCGCAGACGGCGAGGCGCAGGAGGACGACGCGCAGGACAAGGUCAACGUCGGCAAGGAGGUCGUCCAGGACUUGACCAAGGCGUUCCAGCAGUUCCUCGACGAGCGCAAGUGGAAGAGCGUCCGGUACUGCGUCAUCCUGUUCGCCCACCUCACCCGUCUCCCGGCCUCGAGCCCCGUCAUCUCGACCUCGUCGCUCGUCAACCUCCUCACCUCGUUCGUCGCCGUCCUCGACGAGCCCGGCCUGCGCGCUAGCCGCGGCGACGAGUGCGCGCGCAUCAUCGUCGAGGCCCUCCUGCGCCUCGACGCCUCGACGCUCGCCGACCCGUCGAUCGACACGCUGCGCGACGGCGUCCAGGCGUACCUGUCGUCGAGGCGGAUCGAGCGCGAGCUGUUCGCCGAGCGCGAGCACCAGGCGCAGUGGAACGACUCGCUCGAGCAGCUCGUCACGGCGCUCUCGUCGGCGUCGUCGUCGUCCGACUCGGAGGGCAUCUUCCCGGUCUCGGCCGUCCUCCCCAACCCGUUCUCGGCGCUCGAGCUCGCCCCGGCCGAUACGGACGACGCGGCGCCGGCCAUCGUCGACAACCCCGACGCGCUCACGUUGCCGCUCGUGCUCGUCCCGCCCGAGAGCGACGAGGGCGACCUGACGCUCAGCGCUGGCUCGGGCACGCACGCCAUCCCGCCGCCGCCGAUCAGCGCCGGCCUGCGCGGUGACGAGGGCGUCGGCUACGACGGCACGAGGUUGACGCUGCGCCUCUUCGACGACGAGUCGGUUCCUUCGCUCUACGACCCGGCCGGCAUCGUCGUUCGGUCGCUCAUCGCCGACCUCAUCUCGCUGUACGAGACGAACCGCAAGGACGCGGCGACGCUCCUCCUCGAGCUGCCGCACUGGUUCCUCAAGGGCACGUUCAAGCCUGUCGGCUCGGCCAAGCAGCAGCCGGCGCAGCGCGGCGACGACGAGGACGAGAAGAUGGCGCAGGAGGACAAGGUCGAGACGGGCCCGCAGUGGUCGCUCGAGAACCUGUUCGUCGAGUCGAUCGUGUCGUCCAUCCUCGCCCUCCCGUCGCCGCCGCACACGAGCAUGUACUACUACUCGCUCCUGUGCGAGCUGUGCCGCGUGUCGCCCACGACGGUCGCGCCCUCGCUCGGCAAGUCGGUCCGCAAGCUGUACGCCGGCCUCAACGCGUCGACCGCCUCGGCCGACACGCCGUCGCUCGACGCCGAGGGCGUGCGCCGGUUCGCCGACUGGUUCGCCGUCCACUUGUCCAACUACGGCUUCAUGUGGGGAUGGGCCGAUUGGGCGAGCGACAUGGUCGACGUGUCGGACAAGCACCCGCAGCGCGUGUUCGUCAAGCGCACGAUGGACCUCGAGAUCCGCCUCAGCUACUUCGACCGCAUCAAGAACACGGUCCCCGGGUCGAUGCUCGACGCCGGCGUCUUCCCCGACGAGGCGCCCGGCCCCGACUACGCGUACGAGGACGAGCAGCACACGCACUACGCCGCCGCAUCCGCCUUCCUGCGCCUCAUCCGCGCCAAGGCGCCCAUCUCGGAGGCCGAGGACGAGCUCGCGUCGUUCCAGAAGGCGCUCGAGUCGGAGCGCGGCUUGUCGACCGCCGAGGCCGACAAGGUCAAGCGCGACCUCGCCGUCCAGACGGUCCUCAACGUCGGCUCGCGGUCCUUCUCGCACUUCCUCAACGCCCUCGAGCGGUACCUCACCCUGCUGCGCGGCCUCACGUCGUCGGCCUCGGCGCGCCAGGACCUCCUCACGACGGUCGCCGCGUUCUGGCGCCGCCACCCGCAGUUCCACCUCAUCGUGCUCGACAAGCUCCUCCAGUACCGCCUCGUCGACACGCGCGACGUGACGGCGUGGGUCUUUGCGCCGGCCGACGAGCAGCCGGGCGCGAGGACCAAGACGUGGAGCGACAUCGACCUGUGGCAGAUGCUCCAGGUGACGCUGCGCACGGUCCAGUUCCGCGUCGACUCGGCGAGGGCGAGGCUCGAGGGCUUCAGGCGCGAGGACGAGGCGCGAGGAGCCGAGGGCGGCGGCGAGGAGCUUGACGCCGAGGGCGACGUCGCCGUUCGCGACGCGCAGGACAACCCCGAAAUCGCGUCGGCGGCGUCGUACCUGGCCGAGUCCGAGGCCGAGCAGGCCCAGACGCUCCUCGAGAUCCUCGGGCACUUUGCCAAGCUGCUCCCCUUCAAGAACGCCGACGAGGCCAAGGACGAGAAGGACGGCGAGGCCGGCGAGGACGAGUGGGAGAGGUGGUGGACCCUCGGAUGGGUGCGCGAGUUCUGCCGCUCGUGGCUCACGCACAAGCACCUCAUCGCGCCGACGCUCUCGAACGGCAUCGACCAGCUCGACCUCGGCUCGACGUCGCCCGCCGUCCAGGCCAUCGUCGACGCCGCCAAGGCGUGGCACGACUUUGCGUGAGCUCUGAGAGUUUGGGCGGCAGAGCGUGCGACGAGGCGAGGCGAGGGGUGCGUGCGGGACGCGGCGGUUCUGAAAAGCGUGCGAGGCGUGCAACUUUUGUCUUUCUC